CAAAUCUAAACAACAGACCAUAUUGUCAAUAUGUCAGAACGUAUCAACAUAAAUGAUUACUGGGCAUGCCGCUGGCAACAAUACUUCCCAAUCUCAUCUGGCUACCGUUUUGAAUGCGACCCGAUAACGAGGAACGAUAUCUCACUUGAAAUCAUCACAGUAACAAGGCCGCAGCGUAAUAGAAUCACACUUGUCAUGAUCGUUGGAGAUUCCAGAGACGAGGCACACACCCCAACCUACAAUGUCUGCUUGGACGAAAGAGUCACCCACUACGGCUUUACCAUAAGGGAUGGUCAACUGAGGACCUUUCAUAGGCCCGGACCCACCCAGCGUGUAGAGCCCUGGGGUGGAGAAUUCCAGGAAAUCAUGGACCAUGACCAACCUUCGGACGCUAUCUCACGUCACUUGGAAGGAAUCCUGUCUGAAUUUAGGAGUAAUGGGGGCUCUGCGAGCCCGGGUCUCGAGAAUGAUCCUACUCCUGGUCCUAGGCAAUAUUCGGCAUUCCUCAACCAUCCAUGGACUGAUGAUGCACCCACACCCUCCAUGCUACCAAGCAUUGAACGCCACAUAGAAGAUGGUGGAUCUAAUGGUGUGGCUCGCAAUUCUAAUGUUCGUACUAGAGAUGGAAGAAGAAAUCCUCCGUCUCUGCAACGGAGUGAACAGAGUCUUACUGCCAAUGCUGCAACCAAUGUUGGUCAUCAUGCAACUAAUGGUGUGAGUACUCGGAGACGUCCUAGGGCACCUCCUCCCCCAGAUAGUGAGACGGAUGAUGAUAUGGUCAGUGGGUAAUUAGUAUGCUCUAUUUUUCGUUUUGAC